AUGCCCAAAGUAUUCACUAUUCAAAAAAAUGUUGCCUCCCACAAGAGAAUGAUAUAUAAAAACUUGUGUGCAAACUUGAUUCGCCAUGAGUACAUAGUGACCACCUCCGCCAAAGCCAAAGCAGUUCAACCAUAUAUAGAAAAGUUCUUAGCCAAUACCAUUAAACAGAAUAAAGAAUUACCAGAAACCGUCACCAAUUUAGAAGACAAAUUGAAGAGCAUCAAGGCAUUAAACUAUUUACAACCACCAGACAGAGUAGAGUGUGGACUGAAAAUGCUUGAAGACAUCAUCAAAAGAUACCCACAAAGAACUCAUGGGUUUACAAGGGUGAUAAAAUUAGAACCAAGACUAGGAGAAGAUAAUGCUCCUAUGAGUGUAAUAGAACUAGUCGAUUCGAAUUAUGAAAUUAAAAUGUGGUACACCGCUAAAACCGUGGCCAGAUUGGAAUUACAAGGAAUCGAAUUAGAUGAUAUUACUGAGUUGAACAUCAAAAAAUUAACGCAAUUCAGAGUUAAUGGGGAACAAGUAUUCAGGGAUGCAGUUGAGACAUGUAAAAAAGAGUUUUUCAAUGUCACUGAAGAAACUGGUGAGGUUCCAGAAGAAACUAAGAAUGACUUGUCCAACUUGCCAAACAUGUCGAGACACCUGGGUGAAUUGAAGGGCAAAUUAUUAGUGUCCAAGCAGUUUAAAACCAAACCAAGACCAGAAAGAGAAAGCUUUGCUAUCCCACAAUCUCCAUUUUUGAAACAGCAACAAGGGGGAAAGUAG